UACCUGGAAGGGGCAUCUCAGGAAUACACUGGAACUAUUUGCUGCAAAGUCAGGUCCAUUCGUGAGAUGAAUGCAGAUCAGGCAGAAAAUGGGGGUCAGGGGAGACACUAUUUCUAUUUAAAAUGUCUCCAGAGAGCCUGGUACAAACUCAGCCCCAGUGUUUGGGAGGGGUAUUUCCUCUUCUCCUAGGGCUGCUGACAUGACAACCUCGUGACUGUCUUUUCUUCCGGGUACCCAGGUCUCCUCCACCAGCACAGCCAGAGGAACCGGCAGAAGACAUCAUGUCCCCCAAGCUCACAUUCCUGCUCUGCCUUGGGCUGAGUGUGGGACUGAGGACCUCAGAGCAGACAGGGACGCUCCCUAAACCCACCAUCUGGGCUGAGCCAGGCUCUCUGAUCUCUUGGGGGAAGCCUGUGGCCAUUUGGUGUCAGGGGACCCUGGAGGCCAAGGAGUAUCUAGUAUAUGGAGAGGGAAGCUCAGAGCCCUGGGACAGACAACAACCACUGAAGCCCAAGGCCAAGGUCAGGUUCUCCAUCCCACACAUGGAGGAACAACAUGCAGGGAGACAUCGCUGUUACUAUCUCAGCCAUACUGGCUGGUCAGAGCACAGCGACCCCCUGGAGCUGGUGGUGACAGGAUUCUACAGAAAACCCUCCCUCUCAGCCCUGCCGAGCCCUGUGGUGACCUCAGGAGGGAACGUCACCCUCCGUUGUGGCUCAUGGCUGAGAUUUGACAGGUUCAUUCUGAUUGAGGAAGGAGAACACAAGCCCUUCUGGACCCUGGACUCACAGCGACCCCUCAGGGAGCAGUUCCAGGCCCUGUUCCCUGUAGGCCGUGUCACCCCCAGUCGCAGGUGGACGUUCAGAUGCUAUGGCUGUUACAGGUUCACUCCCCAGGUGUGCUCAGAACCCAGUGACCCCAUGGAGCUACUGGUUCCAGGUGUGUCUGGGAAGCCCUCCCUCCUGAGCCAGCAGGGCCCUAUCGUGACCUCUGGACAGAAGUUAACACUCCAGUGUCUCUCUGAUGUCUGCUAUGACAGAUUCGCUCUGUCCAAGGAGGGGGGACAUGACCUCCCUCAGCCCCUCAGCCAACAGCUCCAGACCGGAUGCUCUCAGGGUGAUUUCCCCCUGGGUCAUGUGAUCUGGUCCCAUGGGGGCCGGUACAGAUGCUACGGUCGACACAAGCUCUCCUCCAACUGGUCAGCCCCCAGCGACCCCCUGGACAUCCUGGUGGCAGGACUACUCGAUGACACACCUGCCCUCUUGGUGCUACCAGGCCCCACAGUGGCCUCAGGAGAGAAUGUGACCCUGCUGUGUCAGACACAGAGCCGGAGGGACAGUUUCCUUCUGUCCAAGGAGGGGGCAACGGAUCCCCCCCUGCGUCUUAGAUCAAAGUACCAAGCUCAGCAGUACCAGGCGCAGUUCUCCAUGAGUCCUGCAACCUCAGCACAUGCGGGGAUGUACAGGUGUUACAGCUCAUGCAACACCUCCCCCUAUGAGUUGUCACAGCCCAGUGUCCCCCUGGAACUCAUGGUCUCAGGACACUCUGGGGAUCCCACCUCCCCACCCACAGAACACAACUUAAUGGCUGGAGGCUCUGAGGACCGACUCUCCACAACGGAGUCAGGCCUGUGGAAGGCUCAGGGUGCUCAGCUGGAGUGGAAAGAGCAAGGGAGGAAGUCAGCUCCACCGGGUCUCAAACCGUACCAGAACGUUCUGAUCGGGAUCUCUGUGGCCUUCAUCCUGCUGCUCUUCCUCUUCCUUCUCCUCCUCAUCCGACAUCGACGACAGGGCAAAUGCAGGACAUCAGCAGAUGCUGCCGUGAAGAGCACACAGCCUGAGGAGGGGGUGGAGCUGCACCCUCAGGCUGCUGCGUCUGAUGUCCCCCAGGACGUGAUCUAUGCCCAGCUGAACCACUUGACCCUCGGACGGGAGACAACACCCUCUUCCUCCCAGUCAGAGGAGCCCCCAGCAGAGCCCAGCAUGUACGCUGCCCUGGCCAUCCACUAGCCCAAGAAGGACCCGGACCCCACCCUCCAUGGAGGGAGACUGCAGGGACCCCAGAAGACACAGGAGCUGCCUGCAGUGAACACCUCCUAAUGACCCCCAUCCUACCUGGACUCCUAACGUGGACACCAGGAGCUUCUGAGACUCCUUGAGAGUGACCUGAUUCUGCUGUCUGAAAGCUGAUAUUCCCACAUUUUGGAAAUGAAGCAAGAGACAUUUCUGUAAUCCAUGAGUGAAAUGAGAAAUCCCAAACCAAAGUGAGAGAAUGUUUUAAAAAAUAUUAUAAUGUAAAUAUUACAUAUCAAACCUAUGAAGUUGGAAAAUUAAAAAUGAUGGAUGCUUAUAUUAGAAAAGAAAAGCCUAAAAAUCAUUGAUCUAAGGUAUUAUAUCAAAAUUUAGAGAAAGAACUCCAGAUGAAUCUAAAUGAAUGUAGAAGGAGAGAAAUGAUAAGAUGACUAGCUACUAACGAGGACAAACAAAAAACAGAAAAAACAAUAAAGCCAAAAAAGUUCCAUCUUGAAAACAUUAGCCAAACUUAUAAGAUCUAGUCAAAAUAACCAAGAAAAAAAAGGAGAAGGCACACAUUUCUAAUCUGAGGAAUGAAAUUUCAGACAGCACUACAAAUCCAAUAGACUUUUAAAAAGGUAGUACCAGAACAUUAAAAGCAAUUCGAUGCCAGUAUAUUGGAAAAUGUAGAUAAAAUGGACAUCUUCAAAGGUAAAAUUUACUAAAUGGACAAAAGAAUAAAUAAAACAUAGGUACAACUUA